GAGACUGCUUCCCCCUCAAAGAAGGUGUGCUCCAACCAUUCAUCAGCUGAUGGGCGGUUGGGAGCAUGCGUCAUUCUAGCAAAGGCCAAGCGAGUUAGGGGCGGGCAAGAGGGUGACGGCGACAACGUGAGAGGCAGGUGGACAGCUCCACCCACCUGUCAAAGUGGCCCACUGGGGCGGAAGAAUUCUGGCUCUGGCCUGCUGGACUGAAAGGUGUGUUGACGUUGGUGGCAACAGACAAUGGGAAGCCUUUUGCAGCUUAAGGGCUACAUUCAGUUCUGGGCAACCUUCUGGCGGCGGGGCAGAUAUGCCAAUGGUGCGGUGGGACGGAGGCAAAGAUUAGUUCUUCUUGGCUAAGAAGAUCAAGCAACCUGUGAAAAGCAUGAUUUAUGACGGCAAAGUUUCUGCAGUAGAGUGUUGUGAACAUUGUAAGCAUGUAGGUAAGGCUGACCCUGUGGGUGUUUCCCAUGCAAUCGACACCCUCCGCAGUCUCAGAUGCAGAAUGGAAGGGAUCAAAACAUGCUAGCAUCCUUGAGAAAGCUUCAGCAAAUGGCUAUUUAUCUGGGAGUUUUAUCUGGUGGGGGAUGUACUCUUAUGUAUUACUUCAUACAAAAGAAUUUUGCCAGAACACAGUACUAUCAGGCGGCUCUGGAGCAGCUUCAUAAAGACUCAGCAGCCCUGGAGGCACUUGGUGCUCCUCCUCUUAAAGUACAUUACAUCAGGCUGACAGACAAGAGCAAUUGUGUUGAUGUGUCAAGAGCUCAGUUAAAGAUAUCUGGAACAAAGUCAGCUGGUCAUCUUUAUGUCAGUUCAGAAAAAGACUUCUCCCUGAACAGCUGGCACCUGCAGGAAGUCACACUGCAACUCCGUAAUGGCCAAAGUGUUCCAGUGUAUGUAGCAUCACUAAAGAAUACUUCAAGGCAAGAGAUGUAAAAUUCAGACUUGUGCUACUUGUAUUGAGUAUCCUCACAUUAAAGGAACAGGCUACUAGA